CAUUUCCCCAUUCUUCCACUUCAUUCCCUUCUUCGUUCUUCCCUCCAAUCCUCCCGUUGGUUCCUGUCUCCGUCUCCAUCUGCAAUCUCCCAUUCAAUCGGCGGGGGAGAAAGCUUUAGAUCCAAGAAACCGACCUGAGCUCUCUCUCCUCAUCCUAAUCGGAUUCCUAGCCUUGUAAUUGCAUUCCCGAUUUCCGAAUUUAUCGUUAGCUUACAACCGAAGAUUAAAGGUGGAACGCGCGAACUCGCCGUCGUCGCAGCAGUUUAUGGACGGUGGCGGAGGAGGAGGCGGCCCGCGGUACGUCCACAUGCAGUCGGAGUCACCGCAACAUCCGCCGCUGGGGCAGGCCGCGCCGGCGUUGUCAUCGUCGUUCUUCUCGUUCCACGGCCCCGUCCCCGAACAAUCGCGGAUUUUCGAGGAGCUGCCCAGGGCUAUCAUCGUUCAGGUUUCGCGGUCUGAUGCCGGCGACAUUAGCCCCGUCCUUCUGUCUUACACCAUCGAGGUUCAAUACAAACAGUUUAAGUGGCAAUUGCUGAAGACGGCUGCGCAUGUUUUUUAUUUACACUUUGCGUUGAAGAAACGAGCAUUGUUCGAGGAACUUCAGGAGAAGCAGGAACAGGUUAAAGACUGGCUUCAAAAUCUAGGGAUGGGGGAGAAUACACAAGUGGUGGAGGGUGAUGAUGAUGACGAGGCAAUUCCGGUACAGCAACAGGAUGAAAGUUCUAAGAACAGAGAUGUCCCUUCGAGUGCUGCAUUGAAUGUGUUUCGUGCGCCGUCCUUGGGAAGACAGCAGUCCAUGUCGGAUAGAGCGAAGGUAUCAAUGCAGCAGUAUCUCAACCAUUUUUUGGGGAACAUGGAUAUUGUCAACUCUCGAGAGGUUUGCAAAUUUUUGGAGGUUUCUAAGCUGUCAUUUUGCCCUGAAUAUGGACCUAAGCUUAAAGAAGAUUAUAUUAUGGUGAAGCAUCUGCCAAAAAUUCCAACAAAUGAGGACAAUAGGAAAUGUUGUUCCUGCGGCUGGUUUAGCUGCUGUAAUGAUAAUUGGCAGAAGGUGUGGGCUGUCCUCAAGCCUGGAUUUUUGGCCCUGCUUGCUGAUCCUUUUGAUGCCAAACCCUUGGAUAUAAUCGUUUUCGAUGUACUACCAGCCUCUGAUGGGAAUGGUGAUGGCCGAGUGACACUUGCAACAGAAACAAAAGAACGCAAUCCUCUACGACAUACAUUUAAGGUCACAAGUGGCAACCGGAGCGUAAGGUUGAGAGUCAGAACUGGUGCAAGAAAUAAGGAUUGGGUUGCUGCAAUCAACGAUGCCGGACUAAGGCCUCCUGAGGGCUGGUGUCAUCCUCAUCGUUUUGGAUCGUUUGCUCCUCCCAGAGGAUUAUCUGAUGAUGGUAGUCAGGCUCAAUGGUUUAUAGAUGGAAGGGCAGCUUUUGAAGCUAUUGCUUCAGCUAUUGAGGAUGCUAAAUCAGAAAUAUUUAUUUGUGGCUGGUGGCUUUGCCCUGAACUCUACCUACGACGGCCAUUUCAAGAGCAUGCUUCUGCUAGGCUUGAUGCUUUGCUGGAUGCUAAAGCUAAGCAGGGUGUUCAGAUUUACAUUCUUAUGUACAAAGAGGUGGCUCUUGCUCUUAAAAUCAACAGUGUUUAUAGCAAGAAAAAACUCCUUAGCAUUCAUGAGAAUGUACGUGUGCUGCGCUAUCCUGACCACUUUUCUUGUGGAGUAUAUCUUUGGUCACACCAUGAAAAGCUUGUAAUUAUUGAUCACCAGAUUUGUUUUAUCGGAGGACUGGACUUGUGCUUUGGUCGAUAUGACACAAGCGAACACAAAGUGGGUGACUGCCCUCCUGUUAUGUGGCCUGGAAAAGAUUAUUAUAACCCAAGGGAAUCAGAACCAAAUUCCUGGGAAGAUACAAUGAAAGAUGAACUUGAUCGUACAAAGUAUCCUAGAAUGCCUUGGCAUGAUGUCCACUGUGCUUUAUGGGGGCCACCGUGUCGUGAUAUAGCUAGGCACUUUGUUCAGCGUUGGAACCAUGCAAAGAGAAGUAAAGCUCCAUACGAGGAAGCAAUCCCACUGCUUAUGCCUCAGCAGCACAUGGUUAUCCCGCACUAUAUGGGCAACACAUCUCCCAUGGAGGUCAAGAACAGACUAGCGGAUGAUAAUGGUAAAAUCCGGAGAGAUUCUUUCUCAGCUAGGUCGUCUUUACAAGAUAUCCCAUUGCUUUUACCUCAAGAACCAGAGGAACUUGAUGGUUCUAUUGGAGGUGGCCCCAAGUCCAAUGGAGUGGAAGCAGCAUCUCUUAAAGCCUCCAAUUCAUCACGGAAAGCCAAAGUAGCACCAUUAUCUCCAGACAUGCCUAUGAAAAGCUUUGUGGACGACCACGACCCUUCAGAUGUGAAAAUUUCUCCAGUUUUGUGGACGCAACCUGGUGGUAUUAGAUCCUCUGAUUUGGAGUGGUGGGAAACUCAAGAGAGAGGUGAUCAGAUUGGUUUUGGUGAUGAAGAAGGGGAGGUUGGCCCACGUGCAUCUUGCCAUUGUCAGGUUAUGAGGAGUGUAAGUCAGUGGUCUGCUGGAACAAGUCAAACUGAAGACAGCAUUCACAAUGCCUACUGUUCUCUUAUUGAGAAAGCAGAGCACUUUAUCUAUAUUGAGAAUCAAUUUUUCAUAUCAGGUCUUUCAGGAGACGACGUCAUAAAGAACAGGGUGCUAGAGUCAUUAUAUCGACGAAUAAUGAGAGCAUACAUAGACAAGAAGUGUUUCCGUGUCAUCAUUAUCAUACCGCUCAUCCCAGGUUUCCAGGGUGGUUUGGAUGAUGCUGGUGCUGCAUCUGUGAGAGCCAUAAUGCAUUGGCAGCAUCGAACCAUCUGCAAAGGACAACAUUCAGUAUUGCAUAAUCUUUAUGAGCUUCUCGGUCCUAGAACACAAGAUUACAUUUCCUUCUAUGGUCUUAGAUCCCAUGGUCGACUUUCAGAUGGCGGUCCAGUAGCCACUAGUCAGAUUGCCGUACUUAUCGAGGACAAGGAGUUGGUGGAUUCGUCGAUGGGAGGGAAGCCAUGGAAGGCCGGUAAAUUUUCUCAGAGCCUUCGUCUCUCACUUUGGUCCGAGCACCUAGGUCUUAAUGGUGCAGAGAUGAAACAAAUUCUUGACCCGGUGAUUGACACAACCUACAGAGACAUAUGGACGGCAACCGCAAGGACGAACACUGCUAUAUACCAAGACGUGUUCUCUUGCAUACCCAACGACCUAAUCCACUCCAGGGCGGCGCUCAGACACAGCUUGUCGUCGUGGAAGGAGAAGCUCGGCGGCCACACGACCAUCGAUCUAGGGAUAGCCCCCGAGACGCUGGAGUCUUACUUGAACGGCGACAUCCAGGGCACGAGCCCGUCGGAGAGGCUGGAAGCGGUCAGAGGGCACCUAGUCUCUUUCCCCUUGGACUUCAUGUGCAAGGAAGAUUUAAGACCCGUGUUCAACGAGAGCGAGUAUUAUGCUUCUCAAGUUUUCCAUUGAUUUUGACCACAUCACCCAUUAGGGUUCUCAAUACCCUGCGGUGCAAGGCAGCCCCCAGAUGGCGGUGGGCUUCAUUCGGGCUGUUUUUUGAGCCCGAAACACUCCUUUUUUUCACCUUUUGGUCCGUAGCCAUUCAUUGUCCUUUGAUUUCAGCCAUUUUUAUAUGUACACUUGAGAGAGAGAGAGAGAGAGUAACAGCAGCACAACACUACUAAUUAUAGGUCCAUACAUGUGAGAGUACCACGAUAGUUGUAUAGGCUUCACCAAAUACACAAACAUAUCCGAUUUUUCCCAUCAUUGCAAAAACAUUAUCUUUAUGGCAUUUGAGCACUAGAAGUCUAGAAGCGUGAAGCUAGAAUGUUUGAAUCAUGAUCGCCACAUUCGAGUUGAACUUGUUUGAUGCCCCCGUCAACAGUGACCUGUUCCCAACCUAGUUAACCGAUAAUGACACGUACGCUGAUUGACUUGCGACCUAAUCAUCCCAGCUCGAACAAGAUUCUACAUGUGAGUAAGACACCUCUAAACAACGAUCGAUGCAUCACUUGAUUCG